AUGAAACUCAGGGCAGAAACUUCUUUCCUCCUGCAAAAGCAGGUAAAACAGGCUGUUGGACCUUUGGAAACAAUUGGCACCGCCCUGUUGUCCACGUUGGCCUUCGCAACCGCGCUGUGUUGCAUUGGUGGCACCAUUCGAACAUCUUCACCGACAGUAGCCAUGCUUGCUCCCGCAUUGCUGGCCAUUCUGGCCUUGUUCACCAACUACGUUGGCAUCGCUAGAUAUCGAUCUCAGAGGCCAGCGAGGGCUUGGUUAGUGGUCUCCCUUUCCUUGUGGGCUGGUCUUGCUCUCGGAGCUGUUCUUGGAAACAGCUACUGGUACAGCGGAGUGGCAAAGUACAACGAGUACCAGCAGAUGGCUAGCUACGUCAAUGUUGACCCCUCCGUUGACAAGGGCAGUUCUUUCAUGGAUGCAGGUGCCAUAUACUUCAAGGAUGGCUCCAGCGUAGACCUGACCAAAGCCAUUGCCUUUCGGAAUGGCCUGACGUACUGCGUGGCUCCGAUUUAUUCCGAUCCUUUGGAAGGAACCGGCAACGAACGAAAGACCGCGGCAGGUUUCGUGGUUCCCAAGAGCAGAACCCUGGACUUCUGGGCCGUCGGCACAGAUUGCUGUGGAACGACGGGGACCCCGUUCCAGUGCCAUGAUGCCACAUCACCUUUCGCGCGCUCUGGCCUGCGUAUCGUAGAGGACAAUCACAAGGCCAUGUACCAGCUCGCAGUGCAGGAGUGGACUGCAACUACAGGCAUACCGGCAAAGAAUCCGCUGUUCUUCCAGUGGGUCGUUGAUCCUAUCGCCGAGCAGGAACACUACAGAAGUCUUGUUAGCAACAAAGCGCCCAAGCUCACAUUUGGCUACGCUCUUGCUGCGCUUUUUGUGGCGUACAUGCUUCACAUGCUGUUGCGCCACUUCAAAGUCCUUUAA